AUGGCGUCUUCACUGCGUCUUCCUGCGGGCAGCAUAUUCCCCAAUGCCCGCCCUACCUCCCUGAUCGCCCAGUCCUUCGCCUCCGGCUCGACGCAGCAGCAGUCCCGGUCCUUUUCGGCGGCGGCGCAACGAUGGGCCUACCGAACGCAAAACUUCAAGCCCAGCAGCCCGGCACAGCCUUCGAUGAAGUCUCGCGCAAAGGAUGUGAUGAAGAGCCAAUUGCCGAAUGAUAUUGGUCUGCUGCCGGGUACCUUUGUUAAGCCGAUGUGGAGGGACCUGCCCUCGAUCUUCCAGGAUCCGCGGGAUCGGUUCCGGAUGGAAUGGACUUGGAUUAAGAGUGUCUUCCAGGGUUAUGCCAGUCUGUUGAUAUACUGCAAGAAGGACCUCAACAACAUUCCCUUUAUUGCAAACCAAUUGCAGAAGCCCCAUAUCGGAUCCAUCGCCCUUCCCUUCUUCAAGAUCUUCCACAGCGUGGACCGAAAGUCAAUCGCCAAGUCCCUGUACACGCAGAUGUACACCAACCUUGCCGAGGGAAACACUACCGAACUGCGCCGCAUCUGCUGCGACAAGCUCGCCACCAAACUAAUCGGCCAAGUCCAAAGCCGCCCCGCAAACGAAAAGGUGACCUGGACACUAGUCGGCAACAAGUUCAGCGGCGCACGCGUCAUGACAGACCGCGCCGUCAAGAUUCCCGACAUGCCCAACUCCGGAAUUCGCCAAGUCGUCGUGCGCCUAUCUUCCAGACAAUCCAUGACCAAGACCGUCACCGGACGCAACGCCUCGAACGAGGUCGUCCCCGCCGCCAAGGAGCAGGACUGCUUGGAGUACGUCGUUAUCCAGCAGCUCAUCUGGCACGGCAAGCACUCCGACUGGCAGAUCUGGGGUACUACCAACGAGACCGAUAUGAAGACCCUGAACACUGAUCCUGCUUUUGCCCCGGGUCUGUCUGCCCUGGACCGUCUUGAGGCCAUGAAGAACAUGGGGCCCGGCGGCCGUCUUUAA